AUGGCCUCAUCGCAUCUCGCUCUCCGCGUCCUCACGGCGCCAGAGCUGUGGAGCGAUGCCGUCCUCGUCCCAACCUGCACGCUGAUCAACGAAUCCUACAGGGAGCGGGAAGCCGAGGGUCUCCUGGACCGGUAUCCCAGCGCGGAAGACUUUGCGCGCGACCUCGACGCAGACGGCCUGUGCGCGGUGAUCCAGGACAGCCGGCACGAGAACCGCCCCGUCGCCGUGGCGGUGGCGAAGCGGUGGAAAGGGCGACGGAAGGACGACGACGACGACCGCGCCAUUGCCCCUGACGUCGGGACGGGAGAUUGGGAGAUCGGCCCCGCCGCGUCGCGCAGCUUGCCUGAAUAUCGCAGCCGCGGGCUCAUCGAGCGGUGCUUGCAGGUUCUAUCGGCACGACUGGUCGCGCAGGUCACGGAGGGGCCGGUUCGGCUGUGGGUCAAGGUGGUGGAGGAAUUCUACGCGGCGUACUGGGCGCGCAAGGGCUUUGUGCAGUGCGGAGCGAGCUACGUGAUCCCCGUGGGAGAGUGGCAUCGCGAUCGAGCUUACACGUUGGUGGAUAUGGUGAAGGAGAUAUCGAGGAGCGCUGAUGGUGCAGGUAACGCUGGCUCGCGCCUAGAGAAGACUGGAAGUGGCAUCAUAGAGCCCAGCGCUUCAGAACUGGCGAAAUGAAGCACAUAGAGGAAGACGGACGCCAAUUUCUGCGCUCUGGACUCUGAAGGGACGCUGGCCCGCCACUUGUUCAAUCUGUCUUGCCAACUUCGCGACGGAAUUCGGCGGCUUUCUGCCAACAACGACAGAUGUCAAGUCCACCAUCAUCUGUUCCAGUGUCUCUGACUGGUCGCGUGGUGACAUGCCAUCAUGCCACAUCGCCCCGGUGGACUGGAGUGAGGUUGAGCCCUGCCGACUUAUGCUUUGCCAGGAAGAAACACCGUCUUGGAAACCUGGUUUGCGUUCCGGAGAGGAGCAAGUUGAACGUCCGGUCCACCAACGUGAGGAAUGUAGAGGUAGGUCUCUACAGGAUGUGGCCGCGCUACUGAGCGUGAGACCCUUGCACACUGCUCUGGCAUUGUGGUGACACCAUCCGAGUAGCCUAUUCGCCGCUGUGGUAUCGGCAGGUUGGAAGGUCGUCGAGAAUCUGGAAAGGCAUGCUUGUAAUUGCGUCGGGGUCCUCGUCGGUGUUGCGUGGCCGUGCGGCGCCCUCGCAAAUCAUCAUUGGGGUCGGACAUGCACGAUUUCCAAGCAUAUCAUGCAGCCUCCUCAUAUUUCGUCCGGCAGCCGAUCCUCGUCUAUAAGAAGCUGCGGAAUCGCACAAUACCGAAUCUGGAGUUCAAGAAGCAGAU